GGCAUGGUGACGCAUCGGCCGCUCUGCUGGUCCCUGACUCUGAGCGACUCUGAGUGAGCCACUGCUGGCAAUGCUUAGAAAGUUCUGCAUCAUAGAUCAUGGCUUCUCCUUGCGCGAAAAGCGUGUGCAGGUUGGGAUAGGUAGUCUGGAGCUUUUGUAAAAUAUGUUUGGCGGUGCCACAUAGCCCCUGAUCUUAGCAGAGUGACAAAACCGGAGCUUGUAAUAGUAGCGUUACGUGACACUUGCCGCCACUAAGUUAAGAAGGGCAUUAAGUUGAUUGCGGAGAGUUGUCACUGUUGUCUGUACGUUUUGAAAGGCAGUCUGGCGGUGUUCAGAACCGUGGAGCUGUCCAGCGCCAAUGAAGGAUGUAGCUGGUGAACCAGCUGAAUCAGGUCCAGGCCUUGAGGCACAAGGUUUCUAGAAGAUGGGGAAACCAGCGCAGAAUGGUUGGCGGCUCAGCCUCCAGCCUCUCCAGCUAUCACCUGGAUGCUUACUGUGCCAAGCAAUCAAGCAAUUCAAACUCCCGAUUGUAGCAUGGGCAACCAUAGGGUUCAUGGCCACCUUUUUCGCCGCUGGGGUCCUCCGUCAGAAGGCCAGCAGCUUGCAGAUGGAGUCCUUUGGUUUGGAGUGCAAUCUGCGUGCUCAGGCUGUGGCAGCUGCCUUUGCGGCAGACCUCCAGGCUUCCCACGCAUUGGCCAGGCUAAUGAGCGGCAUGCCAACAGUCAAUGCCACUAUGUUCCAGCUAGUUACAGCCUCGAUAUACGGAGCCAGUCCGGCGCUCCUUACACUAUAUUCGACAGUCGUGUUGAAGACAGAUCGAAGUAGGAUUGAAACGGAGCUGGGAAGUGGUUUCUGGACUUGGGACACAGCAGGAACUAGACCUGGGGUUAUUCCUGUGCCUCAAGAAGAGCAGUAUGCUCCUGUUGUUCUGUACGCAAACGUGCCUGGGACAUUCUUUGGCUGGGAUGGCUUUCAUAUAUCCAACUGGACGGGCUUCAACAUGCCAAUGAACAGCGUGAAGAGAGCUUGCGAGAGCACAAACCCUGUUGCAGGACAUCCGAGGAAACUCGGAGACACAGUAGUGUUGCCUAUCUUUUCGCCGGUCUACCCAAGCUCCAGCUCCGCAGCGUUGCCAGAGUGCGUCGGAGUUGUGGCGACUAUCUUGAACCUGACAGCGCUGUUUACAGCGGCUUUGGAGCCGUACAAAGGGAGCGAAGGGAUCGUGGUGUCUGGACAGGACGUUACCUUAGAUACUGGCAUUCCAGUUGAUUCGGCCCCGUUUCUGGUGUGGGGAGCUCCUGCGAGUGGGGGCCAGAUGUAUGCACAGAGCGGUUUUGGGAGCGGUUCCUACUCCAAGGAAGAGGUGGUCCCCUUCGAUUUGGGCGGUCGUCGUUACGAGGUUCGCUGUCGUGAUCGUUCGGCAAGUCUGCUAGCGUACUCGCAAGACGGCGGCUUUGCCGCGGUGAUUGCUGCGGGCGUGUUGCUGACGAUGGGGGCUAUGGCCAUGGGGCUCCGCAGGCUGGAGGCGAUGCAGAAGAAUGUGGAACAGGUGAAAGAGCUCAACGAGGAGCUGCGGAAUGCCAAAGCGCAGGCGGAGAGCGCGCGUGCGGAGGCGGAAGCUGCCGACAUGGCCAAGUCCAACUUCCUGGCGACCAUGAGUCACGAGAUUCGGACGCCCCUGAGCGGCGUACUCGGCAUGAUCGCCUUGCUCAAUGAGACACAGCUGGACCCGGUCCAGCAGGACUAUGUGCAGUCCGCGCAGGCGUCCGGCCAGGGGCUCUCUGGUAUCAUCAACGACGUCCUUGACUUUUGCAAGAUCGAAGCUGGGCACAUGGACAUCGAGAACAUCCCGUACAACGUCCGAAAGGAGAUGGAGGUGGUGGCGGCCCUUUUUGCGGACAAGGCCCGGCAGAAGCGGCUGGACUUCGUCUUCCUCAUCCAGGACGAGGUGCCGGAGAUGCUGGUGGGCGAUCCAAACCGCGUACGUCAGGCGCUGGUGAACCUUGUCGGGAACGCAAUCAAGUUUACGGCCAAAGGGAGCAUCUUCGUGUGGGUCCGCAUCGACGAGCCCCCCCCCGCCGCCGCCAAAACCCCCAGCCCCGAAACCCCCGGCUUCGGCGGCCCAACCGACGUGUCUUGGUUCAAUCUAGACGCACUCCUAGAAUCGCACCCGGGAAUUCUGAGCUUCGACCCCCGGUUGAAUAAUAACACGCUGGAGGCGGUCGAGCUAGCCCGGGAAAGGGCCCAGGCGGCCGCGGCCAAGGUCCGGGAGAGUGGGACGGUGAAUCUGGUGUUCACGGUGGAAGACACCGGCAUGGGCAUUCCGCGGUCCGUCCAGCACCGGUUGUUCCAGCCGUUCGUGCAGGCGGACUCGAGCCACACCCGCAAGUGGGGCGGAAGCGGAAUCGGGUUAUGCAUAACCGCCAAGCUGGUUAAGGCCAUGGGGGGCCUGAUGACGGUCGCGAGCGUGGAGGAUCGGGGGAGCCGGUUCUCUUUCUCUGUACAUAAUGAGGUUCACAACAAGGUUGUCCUUGACCCGCCUCCGUUUGCGCCCGCUGCAUUGGGGAUUGCGUCGAGGAUACGCGCAGUGAUAGUUGACACCAACGGAAUCCGUGGCUCGGCAAUCGGUUGCAUGCUGACUCGUUUGGGAGCAGAGUCCUUUGUAGUCGAAACCGUUUCCGAGGCUGUCAGCCGCAUCCUCCCAAAUCCAGGCAAAGAAGCCCCUUCCGGGCUCCGAAACCACGUGUGUCCGUCCUCGCUUUCCCCACGGAACGGCCGGGAGAAGCGGAACCCGGAACCGGUUGGUGAACGGACGGCACAGGAAACGCUCAGCGGCACGGCGCACAGGUCGCCUUUGGAGAUUCCCGGAGCUUUGACUGAGAGUUCCGGCGAUGCGUUCAGGCCGGAGCCUUCUCGUGAGGAAACGACUCCGAAUGGAACGGUCAGAGAGGCGCGUGCCAAAACGCCUCGCACUUCGACUUCGAAACCUUUCGUCGAGCCCCGGUCAAAACAGUCGACCGCGAAUCCGCCGACGCUCUCGACAGAGGGCCAACCGGGCUUGAGCCCAGUCCUCUCUCCAAGAUUGCAAAACGAAGCUAACGGAUUCUCACCGGAACCCCACCGGAACCUCAACGGAACUCCGGUCGAAGCACCGCCAGUCCUGUCGCCCCGGAGGUUACAAGUCGAAGCCAACGGAAUCCCAGCGGAACCCCACCGGAACCAGAACGGAAAUCCAGCCGACGCACCGCCCGUCCUUUCGCCCCGGGGCGUCACCAGCCCGCGUCGGAAAUCCGUCUCAAGAAAUAAAACUCCAGGGGAAUUAGUCGUGGUGAACUGGGACGCCAUCGGAAAAGAGGGAACCGUUCAUCUGAUCCGCGCUAUGCAAUCGACGGCUCCCGUGCUCGCAGUAACGGCCCAUCUAAAAGACGGUGCGCGGGAAGCCGCCCUCCAAGCCGGGUGCGUGGAAGUUCUAGGGUGGCCGUUGCGCGAGCUCCCGGUGGUAACGGCCGUCCAGAAAGCGCUCGGCAUGGAAGUGGUCGGGAAACGGCGGCAAUCGGUGGCGGCGAAGUAUUUGGAAGGGAGGAAAGCGCUGGUUGUGGACGAUAACCAGAUCAACAGAAAGCUGGCGGGGCGGAUCUUGGAAGGGCAGGGGUGCAAAGUGGUGUUUGCGGCGAGCGGCGCGGAGGCGCUGGAGCGAGUGCGGGAGGCGCACGUUGCGGGCGAGGGGUUCGACAUUGUGCUGAUGGAUUUGCAGAUGCCGGAAAUGGACGGCUACGAAGCGGUGCAGAAGAUACGAGCCAUGGAGGCCGCCUGGCUCGAGGGAACGCCCGCCGAGAGCCCCGACUCCGACAAAGAGAACAGUAUCGCAGAUAACGAACAAGUAGCCGACGGUCCACAAAAAGCGUCGUCCCCUGGUGACAGAUCACUGCAAAUUGUUAAAAGGUCCAGUUCGCUGACGUCACCACAGGCUGAUGUCGCUCAGUCGGGCGUUGUACAGAGAUCAAAGUCGUUGGACUCGAGAAGGCAUAGGAGGAUGAGCAUUGUUGCGGUCAGCGCGGAUGUAAAGAAGGGGGUGAAAGAGCGGUGCCUUGAGGUGGGUAUGACGGCGUAUAUGUCGAAACCAUUCUCGCAGGUUCGGUUGCGAGAAGUUCUCCUCUCUGUGUUGGAGUAGGAACCGAUCCGAAGAGAAGCUGCUCCAAAAUACUCCGUGCCAUAUUAUCAAGUCUGAGUACAGGUAAUGAUAGAUUGACUGCAUCAAUUGCACCGUCGCCGGUAAUCAGUAAUAACGUUAGAAUCCGGACUCUCUGUAGUGGGAGCCUGCAGGCUGUCGAUCAGGCAGCACUUGUGCAGAAAGCGGGCGCAGAAAAGCGCGGACUCCCAGAAGCUAGGGCGCAUCAGUUGUCAUGAUAGUCAAGCCCGACAUUAAAGUCCUGAAUGAUGCACCCACAGACAAGUGUACGGCUAGCUGGAAGAUAGCUCUCUGUCGUAGAGAAUCCCGUACGGACUGUUACACACUCGCCGUCGAGCUGUCAUUGCGAUCAGCACAGCUCCAUCGCAACUUUGACGAACAACGCAACGUAGAGUACUGAACUUCAUAGACGUUUGCCUGACUCGGCCAGCCUAAGGAGAUCAUUCAUUGACAUCAAAGCUCUGCUUAAGUUGUUUGAGAAUGAUGCGAAUAUGCAAUUAGGACUUCCUUGAAUUGAUCGAUCACCACUGUACAUUUAAAAGCUAGGCUAUACCGUCCCCGA